AUGAACUCAUCAAAAAUUUUGUUUACCUUGCUAGUGCUUAUGGCCUUAGCCAACAUUCAAUCAGCAACACCAAUGGUUAGAAAAUCCCAAUUUUACAUAGAAAACCAUAGCACCAAUGACCUUCUCUUCCAAAGAGAUGAGGAGCAACCACAUCUCCUUAGAAAUGGUCGUCUUCUAGCCAGUAAAGUGACCAAGACAUAUCCUUAA